UUGCAUAUUUCUCAUGCAAUAUAAAUACAACACCUCGCAUGUGUAGGGUUGCAUGCCUAAUAUCACAAAAUUAUUGAACCCUUGAUUUUUGUGGUCUGUCUAAUUCACCAUUACAUGAAUGUUGGGAGUGGAGGAUGUGAUGAGUGAACUCGCCGGAGAAGAAGGGAAAGAGAGAGGUUUGCCGCCGGGAUUCAGGUUCCAUCCGACGGACGAGGAGCUCGUCACCUUCUACUUGGCUUCGAAGCUCUUCAAUGGCGGCGGCCUCUUUGGUUUCAUUCACAUUCCUGAGGUUGAUCUCAACCACUGCGAGCCUUGGGAACUUCCAGAAGUGGCGAGGAUGGGGGAGAAAGAGUGGUACUUUUACAGCCUAAGGGACAGGAAGUAUCCGACGGGGCUGAGGACCAACCGAGCCACCGCCGCCGGAUACUGGAAAGUCACCGGAAAAGACAAGGAGAUCUUCGCCGGCGGAGGCGGAGCUCCGGCGCCGGAGCUGAUGGGGAUGAAAAAGACGUUGGUGUUCUACAAAGGAAGGGCGCCACGUGGCAUCAAGACCAAGUGGGUCAUGCACGAGUACCGUCUCGAAUCUCUCCGCCACGCCUGUAAGGAAGAGUGGGUGAUCUGCAGGGUCUUCAACAAGACAGGAGAUAGAAGAAACGUUAGAUCCCAUGCCCAAAUCAACAAUCUCGAUUCAUCAUCAUCAUCCAAUCAUCAUGAUGGUCAUCAUCGUCGUCAUCAUCUAACCCUACCACCUCUUCUCGAAGCCCCGCAACCGCCUGCCCAGCUCCCAUCACUCCUCGACCACCAUGGCCAUGAAGCUGAUGAGCUCAAAACCCUAAUAAACCCGGAAGCGUCUCAGCUCGACACCAUCAUCUUCUCAUCGGAACAAGACGACAUCUGCUCGGUUUCGAAACAGUUGAUGAAAACAGAAUCGUCAGAUAACCGUAGCAUUCUUCGUCAUCAAAAUCCGGACUUUGAGGAUUAUUACUUCAAGAACGCAGUACUGUUUCAAGAAUCUGAUUUCAAUCUCUUGGGUCUUUCACCGUCGUCGUCAGCUCCUGCAGAUCUUCACGUGAUAUUCGAUUCCCCAGCUGCAGAAUCCUGGCCCUUGGAUCUUUAAUUAUUCUGAAUUUUCAACUUUUCCCCCUUUUAUUUUGUAAUUAUAUAUAUAUAUAUAUAUAUGUAAUAUGUAUUCCUGAGACGUGUGUUGCUUUCUUUCGAUGAACUGUCUUGGGUAGUGGGCGUCUCACUGUUCGAAGUGACGUCAUAAAUAGGAAGUAUAUUGUCUGAGAUUGAAUCGCAUGACGUCAGUUUUCGUCUACGUUGUCCAAGUCUGUGUGACCUGUCAAUCCACUUAGAUCUCUAAUUAAUGUCAGCCCAA